UUGGUUUUAGGAAAUAACAUUUAAAACAUAAAAAAUAUAUUUUUUUGGUAUUUUUCAUAAUAGUAUAGAUAAUUAGAAAAUAUCUUAGAGGUGAAGUAUUUCAUUAGAGAAAAAAGUUCUGCCAUUACCAAAAUAAUAUCAAAAGUCCUUCCUUCUUCUUUUCUACUUCUCAACCAAAGCUUUGGGCACUUAAUCUACUUGUUGUUGGGGUUUUGCGUCGUUUUAUUCGCUGUUAUUCUUAGUGGGCAUCGGCAAAAUUCGCCCUUUUUGGCUAUUUAUUCAUUCUUUGAGUGAUAUUUAGCUGCUCGUUGGUGGUUCGGAGAACCUUGCCAAAACAUUUACUCACUUUGGGGAAUGGACUGGCACUUUUUCCCUGCCAUCAAGAUUUACAAAUGAUGUUCAGGGGACAAAAGGCUGCAAAUGCACUUGGCAUAUUUAAGUGGAGAUGGGGUGGUGAAUCGUCUUUGACGACAGGCUUACUAGGUGAUGUACCUUCUGUGAUUGAGUUGUCUGACUAUGGAAGAGUACCACCAAGUCCAGGUAGUGAGAGCCCUUCGGGGCUUCUGAAUGGUGAGACUCUGAAUGCAGAACCAAUUGCUGAUUUGGACUUAUUCUUCGAACGUCUGUAUAGCUACUACUGCGAGAAAGGGCUUUGGUGCAUAAUUAUAAAAUGGAUCGUUGAACUACUGAGUGUGGGCUUUACCAUAUGUUUCUCGGGGUUCUUCCUGUUAUUCGUUGAUUGGAAUGGUCUCCGCAACGCAAAGUGUGGGAUGGAUGCAUUUGAGUCUGGAAUUAAGCCAUGUGAUCUUGCUAAGGAAGCUCUUCACCAGCACCCAUUAACCCCUUUGACACUUUCAAAAGCUAUUAUUGUUGGAUAUUUGGGGCUAUUUUCCAUCUAUUGGAUGUUCUGUUUUUUGAGGUUUUUUGCUCAAUUAAAGGAGACCCUUGGCAUACGCCAUUUCUAUUAUAACAGUCUCCAUGUUACGGAUAAUGAGAUUCAGACCAUGCCAUGGGCAACAAUCCUUGAAAAGGUUGUCCAGUUACAAAGUUCACAACACCUGUGCGUGGUCAAGGAUCUUUCUGCUCAUGAUGUGGUUAUGCGAUUGAUGCGGAAGGAGAACUACUUAAUUGGAAUGCUUAAUAAAGGAGUGCUUGCUUUUCCUAUAUCAGCCUGGGUCCCAGGUGCCGGUCCAACUGUCAAAUCCGGCCCUUAUAGAACACAGCAUUGUUUGAUACUAACAAAGACACUUGAAUGGACCUUAAAUUGGUGUAUACUGCAGAGCAUGUUUGACCGAAACUUUUGUGUUAGAAGGGACUUCAUUUCUAAUCCUAGGACAUUGAAGAAAAGACUCAUGGUUGUCGGGUUUGCUAUGCUGCUUCUCUCUCCAUUUCUUGUUAUAUUCAUGCUGGUUUAUCUCUUCUUAAGGCAUGCUGAACAAUUCUAUAAUCAUCCAAGCACAGCAUCAUCCCGCAGAUGGUCAAAUUUGUCAAAGUGGAUGUUUAGGGAAUUCAAUGAGGUUGACCAUUUAUUCAAGCAUCGGAUUAAUAGAAGUGUUAUGCAUGCUUCUGAGUACUUAAAGCGAUUCCCCUCACCAAUUAUUUCUAUCAUAGCAAAGUUUAUCUCAUUUGUAUCUGGUGGUUUUGCUGCUAUCUUGAUCAUCAUUGCCUUUCUAGAAGAGUCUUUGCUGGAGGGCCAUAUAUUUGGCCGGAAUUUGUUUUGGUAUGCUGCUGUUUUUGGAACCAUAACAGCUAUAAGCCGGGCUGCUGUUACAGAUGAACUUCUGGUCCUUGAUCCAGAAGGAGCAAUGUCUAUGGUGGUUCAACAUACACAUUACAUGCCAAAGAGAUGGCGUGGCAAAGAAAACACUGAAACAGUCCGGAAAGAGUUUGAAACUCUAUUUCAGUACACUGGAAUGAUGUUGCUAGAGGAGAUGGCCUCAAUUUUCCUCACUCCAUUCUUGCUUCUAUUUGUUGUUCCAAAGCGGGUGGAUGACAUUUUACAGUUCAUUGCAGAUUUUACUGUGGAUAUUGAAGGUGUUGGUCAUGUUUGCAGUUUUAGUGCCUUUGAUUUCCAAAACCAUGGGAAUGGCAAUUAUGGCUCUCCAAGCAAUGCACCUCGCUCCCAGAGGAGUUCCCAAGGGAAAAUGGAGAAAUCGUUCUUGAGUUUCAAAAGUAGCUAUCCUUCAUGGGAACCAGAUUCUCAGGGCAAGCAGUUCCUGUUGAACAUUAGAACUUUCAGGGAGCAAAAGUUGCAAACGCAGGGAACCAGACAUGCAGAUUCUUUGGGUAGAUUGUGGCGAGCAAGCCCACUGAGAGGUCAUGUAGAUAGAAACGGACUUUUUCCAAGGGAAAUGCAGCAGAAUAUUCCCUACACUUCCCGCGAUUUGGGUUCUUUAUUGCUAAUUGACGCUGAACAAAAGAAUCACCCAUAUCUUCUGGAUUGGUAUUAUACCUCUCGAACUCGGAGAGACACUGCUACAACAAGGCCAUCUGAACCAGGUGAGCUACAGCAUGAAGAUUACUGGAUGCCAACCAACAUGACACAUGAUGAAGCAAGAGAUGAAGAAUACUGGCAGCCACACCAUUAUGAUGGUCGGUCACGGUUGCAGUCACAUCUUGAUGCUUCAACAUCAUCUUCUUUCUUCCACGAGAGUGUACUUCAGCAUCAUGAUACAAAUGAACUACCGCACCAGGCAAGGAGCCAUUGGUGGGCCAGAAGUGGUCCACAUGGUAUACAGCCCCAAACAAGCUUUCUUGAGCCACCUGAUUUCAACCGUUAUUCUUCAGCCCAGCGGUAUGAUAACAUGUCUGAGAGAAGUGUGGAAGAGCAAGAUCAAUCCCUUGACUGGAGGGAUUCUCAGAGGUUAUCCCGGACAACAUACAUGGAGGACGAUCUUGAAACCGGAGGGGAUAUAAAUCUUCAUUUUGAUGAUAUAUAUAGUAGACCUCCUGAAGCUCCCACAGUAAAUUUGAGGCUCCUGAGCUUUGAUUGAUCGAAACGAACAGAAUACAAAUGAGUUUCCAUAGUUGGAAUAGGGUUUUAUGAAAGGAAACUCUGUAUUCUUUGUUGUAUAUAAGAUUCGUCAUGAGGUUAGAUUCUAGAAUGUCUCUAACACAAAUUUUAGAAGGUUACAUGCUCCAAUGAGCCAUUGUUAGUCUUGUGAUAAUGUAUAAACAAUCUCAAGCAUAUUUUGGUCAUUCUAAAAUUUCAUUCAAAUUCCAUAUAUUUCUUUAA